UCCGCCUAUAUAAACCCAAUUCAGGCGCGAAAGGAUAAUUAUCAUUUCAAACCCACAUACUGUUCUCUCUUCACUCUGCAUACGCAGAAGCAAAGGAAAAGCGGGCGAUCGAAACUCGAAGCUUUCGAAAUCAUUGGGAAUCGAAAUUGAAGUCGUCCUUUUCAUUCGAUCGUACACAUUCACCAGGUUUCGCAGAUUCGGAUUGUUUUUGCUUUUACUUCGAUUCCAUCCAUGGCAGAAUCUCAGAAGGGAGCAGCUUCGACUGUCAAAUCAAAAGAGAAAGAUUCAUUACUUGAUCUGGAUAUUGGAGAUGACUUUCUUAAGUCGUUGAAAUCGAUGUCUAUGGGAAAUGAUGCAAUGGAUUUCGACUUUGGGCCUAUAUCCAAAAAUAAGAAAAAGACAUUCAACUUUGACAAAGAGGAUAUGGAUUUCAAUCUUGAUAGUGAUUUUGGCAAGAUAUCAUCCUUCAACAUUGACAUGCCAGAUCUUGAUAUCUCUUCCCCAUGUAAAAAGGAUCGAAAAUCAAGGGAGACAUCAAAAAAAGAAUCCAAAGGUGCUGUCAACAAAAAGAAGGGAGAUGACUUCAAUUUUUCAUUUGAUUUUGAGUUGGAUAAUUUCGGUUUUGGGUCAAGCCAGGAGAGUAGAGAAAAGGCGAAGAACAACCAAGAAAAGGAUAGCUUCAGUUUUGGGUCAAGCGGGGAGACUGGAGAAAAGGCGAACAACCAAGAAAAGGAAUGUUCUUCUAAGAAAAGUGGUAAUGAAGGCUCUGGAAGUCAUCUGAAUGAAGACCUUGGUUCUUUAGAGGACAGGACAGCCCAGAAACACGGUGCAUCAGAGGCUGGGAUGAAUUUGACUAUUGAUUCUCAUAUUGACAUAGAUAAAAAUCAUGACACCACAAAACAUAGUUUACCUUCAAACCAUACUAUGGGCAAUAACGACACUUCAAAGUUGCAAUCAGUUAGCAGUGAAGUUGCACUGGAGAAAGCAAAAAUUUCGUUGCAGGAAAAAAUAUCCACCAGCACUCAAGAAGCAGUUUGCCAAGUAGAGGGAACUUCUUUGAUAUCACGGAGUGAAUCAAGAAGUGAUACUUCUUCUGGUUUACAGCAACAUGUUAAUUCGGCUGCGGAUGUUACUUUCUUUGGUGUAGGAACAGACGUAAACAAAAAAGUGCUUUUGGACUCAGACAAAAACUAUGAUAAGACAGUUUUAGAAAGUUCAUCUUUGGAGGGUGUUGCAACAUCAAUGAACAAUGCUAGUGAAAAGAGCAUCCUUGAAAGCGAUAAGCAUGUUUUGGAGACCAAUAAGGACAGGACUCAGACACAUUCCAAUAGUAUGUACAUUGCAAAUGCUACAGAAGACAAAAUGCAAGACGUGAAAGUCGGUAACGAGAUUCAGAGCCCAACUUCUGAGCUUUCUGCAUCCUCAUUAAGCAAUGGAAUAGUAGCUGAAGAUUUGACAGCAGAGAAAAGAAGAGACACUGGUGUCAUCAGGUCAAAGUUUUUUAUGCCAUCAAUUAAACCUGCAGCUCAGAUGCAGAAGACAACAUCAUUGACUGAGACAAAACUUUCUGAAUUUGGUAACAAGAGAGUUGGCUCCAUAACACAGAGUCCUUCAGAUGAAAUAAUAUCUCAAGAUAACAAAGAUGAUGAAACUGGGAGCAAAGCUGGUUUCCCCACAGACUCUGGAUUACUGCCAAUGAUUAACCCUCUUCAGACAGGAAGUCAGGAGAGCCACCAAGUUUUAGGCAUUACUAUGAAGGACUCCCAGUUGGAUGGUGAGGAAAACAUAAGAGCGUUGAUUGGUUCUUUGAGGCCAAAUGAACAAAAACCAAAACUAGGAAAAUCUGUUCCUGAGAAAAGCAAAGCAAGCAGUAAAGAUCUUUUUACUUUCAGUUCCCGGAUAAGUCCUCCUAGCAAAAGUCAACAGACAACUACGUCCACCCCAUGCAGCAUUGCUGUAACAAGAAACAUAACUCCUAUUCCAACUGCAAAGAAUACUCUCAACGAAGGAGACAAAACACUGCCUAUUAAAGCUGCCAGGAGGACUCUAGACACAUCCAGCCUGAAAAUUUCAGCAAAACUUGGUUCAAAGCCCGAGACAUCUCGGACAGUGUUGCAAAAAAAUAUGAAAUCCUCAAAAAAUGUGGACCAGCAUGGUGGUUUUAAAGCUAUUUUACAAGCCAAAGACAAUAAUUGUACAGAGAGGCUGAAGCAAAUGCCUGCUAACUUGUCCAUCAAGAGGAAAGUACCAGAGACGAAUUUGGAUUUGACGAUCCUACUUCCGUCAAAGCGUCUUUCGCACUCACCCAGUGAAAGCAGGGGCUCCUCUGAAGGUACUGAAAGGAUAUGGCACAAACAGGUUAAUGAUCAUGAGCAUUCUGGAAAUGGUAAUAAGACCAGUGAUUAUGAAAAUUGCCAAAUCUCUUCACGUGAUGUUCCUAUGGAGAUGAACAUCAAAGAGUUAGGACGCCCUUUUGCGAUAGAAGAUGAUGACAACAUAAAGAAGGCUGAGGCUCUUUCAAAGGAUCUCGAUGAUAUGUGCAGCAUGCUCAGGAAAAAACAGGAGGAGGCAAAAGAACUAUUAGUUCGUGCUGUUGUGAACAACAAUAAGCUGCUACUGCUUAACCAUCCCAUUUAUGAAGAGAAGAUACACAGGGUUCAGAAAUUCGCUGCUGAGUUGAUGAUGAGGUACCAACUAGCAAUAUCACACUAAGACAACAUAGAGGCAGAGCUUGCUGCUGACUGUUCUAAUGCAAUCACAAAGAAUCUCUUUUCAUUGCAUUCCUCCGGGUGAAGAAGCAUUGAGUUCACAAGUGCAAAAGAUGACUUUGGUGCUAAUAACAAACUAAAGUGAUGUUUGAGCUAGUUUACUCUUGUAGGCAGAUCUCUGACUGAAGGAGAAGUCGAACUUUUACUAGAUUUCAAGUAUCUCAUUAAACGUCUGCAUCUUAGAAUCUGUCCUUGUACAGAUAUUGGCAGUUUGCUUAUACUAAGAUCACCUGAAGAUAUUGAACAUCUUAGUAUGCUUUUUGCACUAUCA